UUUGAACGGAUGGAUUGGCUGAGGAGUGGCCCACUCGUCGCCAAACCCCGAGAAACAGCGCCUUUGGAGGGCCGCCUCUUGGAGGAUUAUCAAGGCCGGUCCCAGGUUCCAACAUCUCACCAUAUCACACACCCACCCCCCGCCGUCCCCGGCACAGCACCCCAGGCCUGACUGCCUGCCCCGAAAGGAAGUUGUGUCCGCUCAUCUAAAUACCCGCUGAUGCCUGGCCCCGACGUCGAUACCUCCUUGAUUUGUAUCCAAUAUUGCCUCGCUGCAGGACCCGAUAGGGUGAGCCUGCCCGCCAUCCGUCAGCUGUUGGUGCGGGGUCGCUGCAGAGCCCGUGGCCGGCCGACGGCUGCCGUGGGGGUGGGUGCUGUCUGUCCAAGACCUAACUGGCAUGAUGGCGGUGGGCCUCGCAAUCGAGACGAUGUUGCUAUCGCCGCCGCCGUCUUGGGCCAUCAACGGACGGGACAGGCACACAAACAACAGACACACGGACAACAGGCAUGA